AUGUUGAUGUUGAAUCGUUUUUUUUCAGUCGUCUUGCUUCUAGUAGUCGCAUCCGCUCAUAAUGUCUUGUUGGCUCCUUAUAACAAGCAAUGUUUCUUUGAGACUCUCAAGGCUAACGAUGAAUUGGCAGUGAGUUUCCAAGUUGGUGACAGAAACCCUCAAGGUACCGAACAAUUGACUUGUGAUUUCUGGAUCUUGAAUCCUUCAGGACAAGUGGUCAAGAGAGAAGACAGAGUCUCCCAUGGUGACUUCUCCACCAUUGCCAAAACCUCUGGUAAAUUCCAAUACUGCUUUUCCAAUGAAGGUAGUUCCAUUGCCACUAAGGACGUCUCAUUCAACAUCCAUGGGGUGAUCUACAUUGACGUCAAUGAUCCAAACUCAAACUCUUUGGAAGCCUCCGUCAAGAGAUUGUCACAACUUACCAACGAAGUCAAGGAUCAACAGAACUAUAUUAUUAUUAGAGAAAGAACCCACAGAAAUACCGCUGAAUCUACAAACUCCAGAGUUAAGUGGUGGUCUGUCUUCCAAUUGAUUGUUGUUGGUGUUAACUCUGUGUUCCAAGUCUAUUACUUGAAGAGAUUUUUCGAAGUCAAAUCCGUGGUGUAA